AUGCAAAAAAGCGAUCGAUGGUCCGAAGAUAAGGAAGGAGAAGCAGGGAAAAGCCGCCCGACUUCUAGAAGGAACUCCGGUAGCCAUUCGCGCCGCGGCAGUAAAGAGGAGCCCAAAGAGAACAACAAAGGAAUCAGUACAGCACCUCAUUCAAGCAACUCUACUCCGAAAAGGACACAGAAGGUCCAGGACUUCGAUUUCGUUGUCACUGGAAAGCAGAUUUUAAAAAGGGCGGACCGCGCCAGCUCGCUUCCCGGCUCUCAUCGGAGACCCUCCUUAGACUCCCUGUCGAAACACAGGAGGUUGCUCGACUCUCCAAAGAGAUUCGCCUUGUCACAACCUUCAAAGAGCAGGGACACCUCCCUUGAUGAAGACAUGUCACUGGAGCUGUCACAGGUAUCAGACUUUGAAGACAUGAACUCGAAAUACGGAAUAAAGAACAAAUUCUCGGCGCUCGCCACCUCCACACCGAAGAGACAAAACCAGAAACCGAGGAGCGGAUCCCUGCAGAAUCAGGCACCGGUGAGGGAACUGCCAAAACGCGGUCAAAAGAGUUUGGACAGUAAGCACAGUCGACAGAGCACGUUUUCCUAUAGCAGAGACAGUCUGUACAAAACCUCUUCGUCCAGUCCUUACAGGCCAUCGGUAAGCACCGAGCUGGAUUGUUCCUCGGUGUCUCCGGAAUACUCCGCGGCGUCUUCUGGCGAUUCUGUCGGAGCUCCACCCGACACACUGAUAACGCCACGCUCACAAGAACUGAAUGACUCCAGUGUGUCCCAUGGUAGCUGCUGCGUGAGCACGUGGCAGGAGUCCGGAGUGGGGGCAGGGUCGGGCUCCGACGGCGAGUGGGCGCACUUCUGGGCGCGCUACAAUGGACCCCACACGACGCGCGAACUCUACGACCUCUGCCCCACACCCUACCGCAACGACCUGGACCUCGCUGAUUUUGAGUUAUCAACCAACGACUCGAUGAAACGGUCUCCAGACAACUUAGCGAGCUUAAACAACUUAAUAAAGUCCGAAGGAUUACAUCUCACAGCGAAGGAAACACAGAACGUCAUAAAAUGCGCGCAUAUACUGGGCAAUGUUGUAACUAUAGCUAUAGAAAGAAGAACAAAGGAGAAAGAAGAGAAUACAGAAAAAAUACAAGAGAUAAAAAACCAGACAGUAGACAAAGAAAGAGAAACAAAAAGGAAAACAUUGUCAUUAAAUCUAAGAGAGACAAACUUACCAGUGGAAGUGAAGGAAGAAAAGAGAUGGGAGACGGUGACGACACAGACGGAUAUCUCGCUGCCAAAUACAAAAAGUGCGCCUAAAAUUUUUGAGAAAAUUCUACGCCAACUCUCCAGAAGUUCUAUCGAAGAUGGUGUAGAGAAGAAAGCGGCGCCAGAUGCUAAAGAAGAAAACAAAGAAGAACCUAAGCCUGCGUCUUAA